CAAGAAAUGUCUGCGAACACCGAAAAAGAGUCCACGGCUGAUAACAGCUCCUGUUAAAAACUCAAAAUGCAGUGUCUCCAUUUUGUCCGGUGUGUGACAAAACUCUGGGCUCCAGCACCAACAUCUGGACUUCUUAAAGUGAAAAAGCUGCACAGACCAGCCCAACAACACAGACAAAUAAAGCUAAUGGCGGAGGACAAACCAUGGGCUCUGAUCUCAGAGGUGGGCAACGAUGGUUACGUUGAAGAGGUUGUUGACAUCAUGAAGCAACACUUCCACCUCAUCUGCCUCAAAGACUUCCUACAAAACCCCGCCCUGCACGGCCCAAACAUCCGGGCCAUGUUCAUGUGGAACUAUUACCCUGAAGCCCGACCUUCGCUGCUGAAAUCACUGCCGUCACUGAAGGUGGUCGCCAGCGGAGGAGUGGGCAUUGACCACCUGGACGUGCCGCUCAUAAACAGUUUUGGCGUGAAGGUGGCAAACACGCCCGGCGUGGUGAGCGACGCCACGGCAGACAUCGCCAUGGGUCUUCUUGUGGCGUCAGCCCGGAAGAUUGUUGAAGGGCACAUGAUCGCCGUUGAUCCCAAGACCUCCCUCAUUCCACAAAGCCUGAUGGGAGUUGAAGUCACAGGCUCAACUAUGGGGAUCAUCGGAAUGGGAGACAUUGGUUACAGAAUCGCACAGAGAAGCAAAGGCUUCAACAUGAGGAUCCUGUAUCACAACAGAAACAGAAGGAGUGUUGAAGAUGAGCAGGCUGUGGGGGCGACUUACUGCAAGAACAUGGACGACCUGCUGAAAGAGUCCGACUUUGUCGUGCUGGUGGUCAACCUGACCCCCGAGACCACGGGCCUGAUCGGCCACAGAGAGCUGUCCAUCAUGAAACCCACGGCGACUCUCGUCAACGUCUGCAGAGGUCUGGUCUUGGAUCAGGACGCUUUAGUUGAAGCUCUGCGGACCGGAACGAUUCGAGCAGCAGCUUUGGAUGUGACUCACCCUGAACCUUUACCCAGGGAUCACCCUCUCCUCAGCCUCCCCAACGUGCUGAUAACGCCCCACGUUGGCACCAACACCUUCGCAACCAUUAGAAAGAUGGUGGAGCGGAUGGUGGAGAACGCUGUGGCAGCAGUGAAAGGUCUACCUGUUCCUGAUGAAGUCAAGUUAAAAUGACAUUACAUGUCUGCACUGUCAACUUUUUAAAACGUAGACAUUUUACCAAUUUG